CCUCCUCCCUUAUCUUGCGCUACCCCCCACCCGACCCCUUGGUGUUCGUGGGAGAUCGAGGAGAAUAGGAGGGAGAAAUGGAGGGCGACGACACGGCAGGGCCGGCGACGUGCGCGGCGUGGAUCCGGGGACCGGAUAAGCGGCUGCUGGUGGUGAUGGGGAGGGCGAGGAACCGCUCCUGCCCUCCCGUGAUCGACAUCCUCGAGUUCGACGCCGAGACCGCUUCCCUCUCCAGCGAUCCCCUGGCGAGGCUCGUGAUCGGGGAUGAGGAGGGAGGCGAUCCACUGGGGUUCGCGGUGCACCCUAGCGGGGAUGAGUUCGUUUGCUCCACUGUCAGCGGCUGCAGAUUGUAUGACUUAGAUUAUCACAAUUGGAGUAUAAAAAUGGCCAAAGAUCUUCCUGCUAUCCAGUCCAUUGGCACUCAGAAAUGUUUGGCGUUUAGUACGGAUGGUCUGAAAUUUGCUGUUGGUGGAGAAGAUGGACAUCUUAGAAUAUUUCAUUGGCCAACCUUGAAUUUGCUCUUGGAUGAGCCAAAAGCUCAUAAAUCUUUUAGAGAUAUGGAUAUCAGCUUGGAUUCCGAAUUCUUAGUUUCGACAUCUACUGAUGGCGCUGCAAGAAUAUGGAAGAUAACUGAAGGUGCUCCACUUGUCUCAUUGACUCGCACUGCAGAUGAGAAGAUUGAGUGUUGCCGAUUUUCUAGAGAUGGAACCAAACCUUUCCUAUUUUGCACUGUCCAGAAAGGUAGUAAAGUGGUAACUACAGUGUGGGAUAUGAGUACAUGGAACAGAAUUGGCUAUAAGAAGCUGAUAGGAAAGCCUAUUUCUGUUCUUUCAAUUAGCUUGGAUGGGAAAUACCUUGGACUUGGAACCAAAGAUGGUGAUAUGUGCGUAGUUGAAGUAAAGACAAUGUCAAUCUCUCACUUGAGUAAGAAGCUUCAUCUUGGCACUCCCAUUACGUUGCUGGAAUUUGCUCCCAAAGGAAGGGUUGUUAUUUCUACUUCAACCCAAUGGGGGUUCAAGCUUACCAAACUCAAUGUGCCUGCAGAUUGGAAGGAGUGGCAAAUCUACUUGGUAUUAGUGGGCCUCUUUCUUGCUUCGCUAGUUUUGUUUUAUAUAUUUUAUGAGACUUCUGAUUCAUUCUGGAACUUCCCUCUUGGAAAAAACCAACCUGGAAGAUUUCCAACCGCAGCCUUCACCGAUCCUCAACCUUCAGAAGAUGGUCCUUGGUGAGGACUUAGGAGCUUUUUCUAGAUUUGGUCUACUGGCAAACCAAGACCAACAACCGCCUGUCUUGAUAUCCUCUAAAUAUGUCAUGUUCCAGCAUGAUUAUUCAUGCAUAUGCUUUCUGUUCAUAUGGUUACGGUUUGGAGAUUGAUCUAUUGCAACAACCUGUCUUGAUAUCGUUUAAAUUUGUCUGAUAUAGUAGGCCUUCUGGCUUCACUAGUUUUAUUUUAUAUAUUUUAUGAGAAUUCUGAUUCA